CUUCGAUAUCGCUUUUUAAUUCAACGAAUUCAACGCAAUUAACGGUGUCCUCGAUAUGCCAAUUCCCAUUCUCGUCCAGGCGGCAACAGAGGGCCUUUCAUCGAUUCCCUAUGUCUACACAGUCCUGAAGAUUGUACCAUGGGUUCUCCUGGUUUUGGGUCUCAAGUACUUCUUCGGGGGAGCCCGAAACAGAUCAGAGCGAUUGAUGCACUCGAAAGUGAUUAUGAUUACUGGGGGCACGUCAGGAAUCGGAGCCAGUGUUGUCCACGAACUCGCCUCUCGCGGUGCCCAAAUCAUCCUGCUCACCCAGCACCCACCCUCUGAUAUCUUUCUCGUCGACUAUAUCGAGGAUCUUCGCAAGUCCACCAAAAAUCAGCUCAUAUAUGCCGAGCAGGUGGAUUUAUCGUCGCUGCACUCAAUCAGAGCCUUUGCGACGAAAUGGAUCGACAAUCUUCCUCCGCGCCGUCUAGACAUGAUCAUUCUCUGCGCAAGCACAGCGGCUCCGACGUCUGGCAAGAGGACGACCACUAUCGAUGGUUUGGAUCAGGAUUGGCAGAUCAAUUACCUGGCGAAUUUCCACUUACUCAGCAUCCUUUCUCCGGCGCUGAGGGCGCAGCCGGCUGAUAGGGAUGUGCGCAUUAUUUUUACGACAUGUUCGGGGUAUAUUGGAGCAAAAAUGGACCUCAAACAAGCUGCUAUUACUGGCGAGAUUCCCAAACCUUCGGGAUCUACACCCAAGACUAUCACCAAAGCCAAGGCCAAGGGAAAAUCUUCGAAACGACAGGCGACAAAUCUAUUCGGUCUAAGCAAAUUGUCUCUUAUGAUCUUCGCGCAUUCCUUUCAAUCCCAUCUUAAUGCCUACAAACGCCCGGAUGGCCAACCACCCAACGCCCAUGUUUUCAUCGUCGACCCUGGUCUUAGUCGGACUCCGGGAACACGCCGGUGGUUGACAGGUGGCUCGCUCUGGGGUUUAUUACUCUACCUCCUUACCUGGCCGAUUUGGUGGUUGGUUCUCAAGUCCCCACAACAGGGAGCCCAGAGUAUCCUGUACGCAGCUAUGGAAGCGCGGUACAGGAUUGGGCCUGGGGGUUGGUUUAUCAAGGAAUGCAGGGAGAUGGAUGUUGCAAGGAGGGAGAUUCGGGAUGACGAAGCUGGGAAGAAGCUGUGGAAGUUUAGCGAGGAGGUUAUUCUGGAGAAAGAGAAGGAAGCGGCAGUUAAAAGAGCACUUGCGAAGAAGACGGAGGAGGAGAAGAAUAAAAGCCAGAGUGUUAGUAACAAUAAGAGUGGGAAAGCAGCAACUGCCGGUACUAACCAGCAAGCAUCUGGUUCCAAGAGCCGGAAAGGGGGGAAAUAGGCGGCGUGUACGUACCUGUUGCUAUUGAUAGAAAAUAUAUAGUACUUGCAUAAUGAGGCCUGGCCCUUUCUUAAC